CGCACUCCUCGCUCGCAUCUUGCUAAACAUGUGAUAUUUGGAACUCGGUAUGGCACCACUCCCCCCCUUUUUGGUGCGUCUGGUUAGCGCUUACCUCACACAGGCGCUCACGCGAAGGCUGUCACGAUCGCCGGUUUUCCUCCACGCUGUGGAUCGCUUAAUUCACUUUGUUGACCAUCUACCCGCUCGAAUCGAGGGAAAGGGUGUACCGCCAUACCAAGGGCCCCCGAUCUUUGACCCCAGGCAGAGGGGCGAAUGGGGGGAUGCAAUCAAGCGGCCCGACGACCCGGGGGAGCCGCACGACUGGAAAUCCCCGUGGUCAAGCCUGCCCAAGCAGGCGCCGUCGUCUCAGCCUGCGUCAGUGCAUAACGCUCACAAGGUGGCGGCGUCGACAAAAACUCCGCGAAUACGGGUCAGGGCUCACACAGCGGCAAAGGAUGCCGAAAGUGAACAAGCACAGGAUGGAGAUUCACAGAGAGAGCGAUGGGCUCGGGAGAUGAAAGAGCUGCAGGAUAAAUUGCGUGGCCGUGGCGGGUGACCCUGGCAUGCUUGAUGUGUGCUGAACCAGAUCCCACUCACACUGUAUUUGUAUGUCCUGUUUUGCAUCAUGACAUCUUUACAUUGCUAGA